AUGGAGGGACAGCACCAGCAACGAAAGGCAGAAGGAAGUCAAAAACAACAAGAUGAAGAUGAAGGUCCAAAAUGGAUCUAUGAUGAGGCAUCUGAAGAUUACACCAGAACUGGUCCAACUAAAGUUGCUUUAAAAAGAUUCAAUAAUCUCAAUUCCAUUACAGUUGAAUUCAUCAACCAGGUAAAAAAAUAUUUAAAUUGUUUGCAAUGUGGCUCAUUGGCGGAUUGUUUUGGCAUAACAAAAGACUCGACGUCGUGUUAUAUGUUUGUAAUGAAGUAUUACGAGAAUGGUAACUUGUACCAAUACCUGAAUUAUGUCAAGGGUGUGAUCAGUUGGAGAGAUAUGAUCGACAUGUUGUGGGAUAUUUCAUGUGGACUGGAGAAAAUCCAUUCCCAAGAUUUGUUUCAUGGUAAUCUUCAUGGUGGUAAUUUGUUAAUCGAAGAGGAAAAUGUUUCAACCGAUGCAAAACUUGCUGAUGUGGGAUUUUAUGGGCCUGUCAAUUUUUCUAAAGCGGAAGAUGAAAGGUGGAAGUUGAUUAGCAGACAACACAAUAAAUCUUAUACUCCUCCCAAACAACAUCCUCAGGCUUUUUACACCAGCCGAGAGUUUUAUUUUCCUAAUCUUACCAAUCAAUAA